UGUUUGUGAGAAUGUCAUGGUGAGCUCAAGUAGUGGAUUCUUUCGUGUUGUUUAAUUUCUUAUUGUACGUUAUUUUAAAUCCACAAAAUUCCUUCAGAUUGAAGUUAUGAGGUGAAUUUUGACAAAUUUGUGUAUAUGAUUUGUCAAAAGAAGCGGUGUGAAACAGCUGAAUAUAUUGAGUCUUAAAAAAUUAUGCAGUGGCGAAAAAACCAGCUGUAGAAUGUGAUUCAAGAUUCAGAUGUACUACUUAUAGUCGAAUGUGAACAAAAUGAACGGGUUUAGCACCGGGGAGGAGGAUUCAAGGGAACCCACUGAGCAGAUUUGCUGUUUAAUAGACAAUGGCCAGAGAUGCAUUGAAAUUGCUGGAAAUGCAUCUUACAGCAAGAGAAUCCAGAAAACCGUCACACAAAGAAGGCUCAACUUAGCAUUAGAUAACUCGGCGAGGCAUAUUUAUAUCUGUGAUAAUCAUAAAAUGAUAAUUCAAAGUGCUAGAACAAAAAGAAAGAGAAAAGACUCUGAGGACGACAGCAAUGAAACCGAUACAGAGGCUACAGAUGUUGAUUUAUUCCAGUUGCAAGUCAAUACAUUAAGAAGGUACAAGAAGCAUUUUAAAGUUCCAACUAGGCCGGGGAUGAACAAAGCACAAUUAGCAGAUUGUUUAAUGAAACAUUUCAAAACCAUCCCUAUCAAGGAGAAGGAAGUUAUCACAUUAUUUAUUUAUACUGUCAAAACGAACGCCAACAAACUGGAUCAGAAGAACGGGGUUAAUUCAGAUACUGCAUAAGACACAAGUGUAAGAAAGUAUCGAAUUGUUUUAUUUGUAAUUUUUAGAGUUGUAACUAUAGUAUUUAAUUGAUCGAUAUAUUGUAGAUUUAUAGACAUCAAAAUAAAAGUUGGCAACUUCA